AUGGCUCCGAACCUCAGGCCGAGGAAGACGUACGCAGCUUUCUUCUAUGGCACCCUCCUUCAUCCGAAGAUCUUGAAGCGCGUAAUCGGAAACGACGGAUCACAUCUGCAGAUAUGCCCUGCUGUGUUGCUGGAUCACACCAGACAUCAUGUCAAGCAUGCCGAUUAUCCGGCGGUGGUACCUUAUGAGAAGAGCCGCGUCUUCUUCGACAAGGAGCUCGAGCCCGAAGAGAGAUCAGUCAGGGGGACGCUGGUGACGGGUCUCAAUAAGCGCGACAUGGAUUUCUUGGAUACGUUCGAAGGGGAUGUAAGUGAUCAUUCCUCCUGA